AUGGGUCCAUACCCCAAUGCAUAUCAAAUUGAGGAAAUAUUUGCCACCCGAACGCAACCAGAGAAAUUCCAUGAAUAUAUGGCUGACCCGGUCGACGUGGAGGUUGUUGGGGAAGAUCAUGAAAUCGCUGGCCACUACAAGUCUCUGGAGGAAUUCAACGAGAAAGUCUUUGCGCGGAUCUCGGAUACUGUAAAGCGGGAAAGCAUCAGGCUUGAGAUCAAGCGUGUCAUCGGGGGAGGAGAAAGUGCUUGGGCGGCCGUGGAAUACUCCAGUACGGCAGAAUCCAAGUAUGGUAAAGAUCGAUGGCAUACUUUAAAACUCGUCGAUCUUGUCCGCUUCGACUCCAAUGGGAAGAUUGCGACAAUUAGAGAAUAUUUUGAUACUAGGCUUAUUCACGACUUAGUCCUCGAGCACGAGGCCAAUCAAGGAAAGGAAGAGGAGCAGACUGAAGGUUGA